AAUAAAUUGUUCCUUGUCCUGCUGCGCCUUCAUGGGUUCUUAUCGACACCAGCAGACGGACCUUAACUUCUCACACAUCCAGUGCAGCUAGCGCAGCGCUCAGGCUCCCGGGCCUCCCAUCUAAACACCGGAUCGGUGCGUAAAGGCGGCCUCUUUGAUCAAUGGAGCCGUUAGUCAGGGAGCGCGCGCCGUUAGCGGGGAGGUAAAGAUAGCAGCGUGCGUGUGUGGAUGUGUGGGCUGCUGCUUCUGAAGUGACGGAGCCGAAGCCCUGCUGCGCCUCAGGAACGGAGAGGAGACCACCGGUGAUCUCACCGCGCGCCCUGCUGCAUCUUAAAGGCGGGAAGGAUCUGGGUACAGGUGCCCGGAGGGGAAGGCAGUUGAUCUAACAAGGCGUGUGGAGGAAACUGGGAGCAGCUGAACUUUAAAAUGCCUGUGGCAACAUCCAGCUCGGACUCAGCCAUGCAUCAGGCUCUGGACACCCUAAGCGACAGCACCAGUUCGACGACGGCUAAUGACCUGGAUCUCAUCUUCCUCAAAGGCAUCAUGGAGAGCCCAGUGGCCCAUGAGCGCUUUGAGGAACCAAAACUGGAGGCGGUGAGUGAAAACAAUGUGGAGCUGGUCCAGGACAUCCUCAAGGAGCUCGGUCCCCUCACACAAAGGAGCCAGACAGCUGAAGAGCUCGUCCGCAUCCUGAAGGAACCUCACUUCCAGUCCCUCCUGGAGACCCAUGACUCAGUGGCAUCCAAAAACUAUGAAACCCCUCCUCCCAGCCCCUGUUCCUUCAUGGACGCAGCCCUCAACAAUCAGCCUGUUCCACCAGAUGCAGUCAGGAUGGUGGGCAUCAGGAAGGUGUCUGGAGAGCAUUUGGGAGUGACCUUUCGAGUGGAGAACGGUGAGUUAGUGAUCGCGAGGAUCCUUCAUGGCGGCAUGAUCGACCAGCAAGGCCUGCUUCAUGUGGGUGACAUCAUCAAAGAAGUGAACGGCAAAGAGGUGGACAAUGACCCCAAAGUGCUCCAGGAGAUGCUGAAGAAGGCGAGCGGCAGCGUGGUUCUGAAGAUCCUGCCCAGCUACCAGGAGCCACACACACCGAGACAGGCCUUUGUGAAGUGCCACUUUGAUUACGACCCCACUCACGAUAACCUGAUUCCAUGCAAGGAGGCGGGCCUCAGCUUCACAAGUGGAGACAUUUUGCAGAUCUUCAACCAGGAAGACCUAAACUGGUGGCAGGCCUGUCAUAUAGAGGGAGGCAGCGCAGGACUCAUUCCCAGCCAGCUUCUUGAGGAGAAGAGGAAAGCUUUUGUGAAGCGGGAUAUGGAGCUUGCAACCUCAGGUCCUUUGUGUGGAGGAAUGGGGGGCAAGAAAAAAAAAAAGAUGAUGUAUUUAACCACCAAGAAUGCAGAGUUUGAUCGACAUGAGCUACGGAUCUAUGAAGAGGUUGCCAAAGUCCCUCCCUUCAGGAGGAAGACGCUGGUUCUGAUUGGUGCACAGGGGGUGGGCCGACGCAGUCUGAAGAACAAACUGCUUGUGUCGGAUCCCCAUCGUUACGGGACCACCAUACCCUUCACCUCCAGGAAGCCAAAGGUGGAUGAGAGGGACGGUCAGAUGUACGGCUUCAUGUCACGGGGCGAGAUGGAGUGUGACAUCAGAAGCGGACGUUUCCUGGAGCACGGCGAGUACGACGGUAACCUGUACGGCACAAAGAUCAACUCCAUACACGAGGUGAUAGAGACAGGAAAGAUCUGCAUCCUGGAUGUCAACCCACAGGCCCUGAAAGUCCUGCGUACAUCUGAGUUCCUGCCCUACGUGGUGUUCAUUGAAGCCCCAGACUUUGAAGUCCUGAAAGCUAUGAAUAGGUCAGCGAUUGAAUCGGGAGUGGUCACCAAACAGCUGACGGACUCUGAACUAAAGAGGACAGUAGAUGAGAGCGAGCGCAUAAAGAGGGCCUAUGGACAUUACUUUGAUCUCUGCAUCGUGAACGACGGCUUGGAGGCGGCCUUCCAAAGCCUCCGGCUGGCGCUGGAGAAACUGGCGCUGGAGCAUCAGUGGGUGCCGGUCAGCUGGGUGUUCUGAACAUCAUCAGCAAAGAGUCGGACGUUUCGUAUUGAUGCUGAGGAAGCUGUGCAUCACCAGCCAGCGCAAGGGACCAGCCUCAUCUAGAGCAUUUUUGUACAAACUAAGUGUUCCUCUGUUGAGUCUAAUGUCAAGUUGUGAUUAAUUUGUCAAAAGGAUUUAUGAUGAGGUAUAGUGCAAUCGUGAGAUCUUAGAAAUGUGGACAAUAAAAGUUGGACAUUUAUUUGGAGGGACAGUUUUAGCCUUCACAUUCUUAAACUUUAUGUAGUGUAAUGUUUACAUCGGUUCUCUAAGAAGGAUUGAGGAAAGAUACCAAAUGUCUCAUUUGUGUUGAACACCUCAUCAUUUGACAUUUCAUCACAUGGUAUGAUUGUUGCUAAAUCCUCUACGUCUACAUGGAUAAAAAAAAAAAAAGAAAUGAAUGGCAAUAGUUACUGAAAUAUACAUGCAAUACAUUUACUGAAGCAUUUCUACAUUUCUAAUGAGACGCAACAGAGAAAGCAUAAGAUGUUUUUACAUAAUUUUCUUUUAAAUGAUGAAUCCGAGAGUUUUUUCCUGACAGAAAAUCCCAAAAAAUUAUCCGUAGCACCGAUAACAAUCACACCCUCAAAAGAAGCAAGAAUAAUCACGUUUAGUAGCCUAGAUGCAUAGUUUUACGAAGGGAAUAUAUAGUAUAUAACGUUAGCCUUUACUUCUCGGACUCUUGAUGGAGGAAAAGUUUUGUUCAUUUUUGAUGUACAAGCAUUAAACCAGUGGCUUCAAAUCCAUGUUUACUUUCGCCUUAAUAUGGUUCAAAAGCCAAGGAAACACAAUCUUUUCAUCAUGAAACUUUUCAUCUCUAUAAGUGUUUGUUACUUAGAAAAAAAAAACAGUUAAAACUCUGUUAACUUAUUUAUUAAUCAUUUAAUCCUUAUUUCAGCCUGUAAGUAAUGUAUUGUAAUAAAGAGUGUAUAGAUAACAUAAA